AUGAGGGAAUUGGAGUGGGAUAACAUGGGAGUGGAAGUUAAAUGCCGUCAUUUACACCAUGUUCGUUUCGCUGAUGACAUCGUCCUAAUGACAUCAAGCAUCAAUAAAGCAGAACGGAAGCUGGCUGAAUUUGAUGAAUUGUGUAAAAAGAUUGGCCUUCAGCUGUACCUAGACAAGACCAUGUUUAUGAGGAACGGAUGGGUUUCUGGGGCCCCGUUCACGCUCAACGGAACGAAUGUGUCCGAAUGCUCCAGCUGUGUAUAUCUAGGUCGGGAAAUCGAUGACGAACGGCAUGACCUCUGA